AUGUUUGGUGAUCCCGGCCAAGAGACCGUCUCCCAGCGUGGAACUCCCGGCGCGAUCGCCGGCCGUCCCAAAUGGUCCGCAGAUGAAGAUUCUGAAAUAGUGCGACUCCGCCGGGCUGGUGCUAAGUGGUCAGAGAUCAGUAAAUCGCUGCCCGGCCGGAGUGCCAUCAGCUGCAGAUUGCACUACCGGAACUACCUUGAGAAGCCGAGUAAAUUGGACGAAAACGAAAAGGUUAAGUUCGCGACGUUGUACCAAAAGUACGUCGAGAGACAUUACACCGAGCCUUGA